UAGUUAAAAGUCGUGAAACGUCAUUUGCUGGCCAUUAUUGUUACGCGAAGGUUGUACCACGCUUUUUGUCCCUUCACAGUCGCCGUAGAAGAAAAACAAGCAUGGCUGCCUCCUUACUGUCUCAGGCCAUAAGGAGAUGCUCAGCACACACAUGCACUGUUGCUUUCAGGAGGGGUUUGAGUUCAGGUGCUGCUCCAUCCUCUGUUUUCACCAGGUUCCUCUUAAAACUCAAUCACACGUUUUAUGAUGUUGAAAACAUUGUCGGCUGGAGCAGCUGGAUGAGAUCACGAGUGGUCAGACGUAAGAAUAGGUUGUUCGGUUACACACAGCAGAAGUUUGGUGAUAAUAUAGCAGCGGCUUAUUACAUUCUUAGUCUCAGAGGAAGCUUCAGAUUUGCUGGUGAGUCUGAGUGGUUUCGUCCAGACUCUAGAGGAAAAUUCAGCUAUGAGUUUUUAAACACACCGGACUUGCAUAUCGAGCAAGUGGAUCUGAGUGGCACCCUGAUAAACCACGAAGGACUUGAUAACCUUGUAAGGCAAAAUAAACUUCAAACUCUUUGCCUUCGUGGAUGUCCUGAAGUGGAUGACUGGUUCCUCGCCCGUCUGCAUGUGUUUGGUGAGAGUUUAUUGGAGUUAGAUCUGUCUCAUUGUUCCCGUAUCACGGUGGGAGGACUCGCUGCUUUACAGAAUCUCAGAAAGUUACAGCAUCUGGAUAUUUCAGCACUCCCUCAGCUGCAGAGUCCAGGCCUGGUGCAGAUUUUACUAGAAGAAAUGCUGCCGCACUGCCGGAUCAUUGGAGCCGAAUAUGAGCAGGGCCUAAUCCAGACAGACAGCCAAGAGCCACCAGAAGACCAGAAUGAAGCAUCUUUACACACUAAUACUGGACUCAAACAUACAUGAACUUACACACAGAUACUGUACGAUGGUGGAACUGCUGAUAGUUGAAAUGUACAGUAGAUUACUGUACCCAUAACCCUGCUGUCAUCAUAAAAUUAUGUUGUUUCUAUCAUUGUGCUUGUAAAUGACAUACACAAGGGGUGGACAAAAUAAUAUUAACACACAUUGCUAUAGUGCUAAUGUGAUGCAACAAACAUUGCUUACUUAAAACAGUUAGGUUAUCAUGGAAUUUCAGGAAUAUCAUGGAAUUUUCAAAGGUCUUUUCCAGACAUUAAAGUCAUGGAAUAUCAGG